AUGCAGAGCAAUGCCCCACGUCCGAGUGCAAGUACUGCAAGAAGAAAUCGACGCCUUCGACGCGCAGGCCAAAUGGGGCUUGGAGCAGGCCAUGCAAAUACCUUGGCCAAUCAUAGAGCAAAUAGCCCAAGACCUCAGUUCACACCAACAGAUAUCGCAUCCGUUCGCAUCGAGCAUACGGCGGUAGGAAACGUGUGCUGGUUAACUGAUCAGAGUAAAGUGCCUGAAGAUGUACGAUGCGUCCAUAACCAUCACUGCAUCGAGCCAUACAUGAGAGCGGACGGAUAUCGGCAUCCAGUUCUGAUUACAGGUUUAUAUCAGAGGGAAGGCUCCUCGGCGCUGGGUGAUAUUAUGGCAAGGUUCCAAUCAGUCUCAGCAUAUAAUGGCGAAGAUCUUGGGAGCUACAUUUACGCUAAAACUUAUGUGCGAAAGUUUCUGAACGUAAUACCUAUCCGCCAGGGCCGAGAAAGACCUGAAGAUGGAGUCUUCCGAGAACCAAUACCACCAGGACGUAGUCCUUCGAAUUCGAAACCAAUUCCUUGGUCCUCAGUUGAUAAGAAAGGGGAACCCGCAACAGCUACAUUCCAGUUAGAAUUAUCUCCCGAAUCACAGCUCCUAGCAAAGCAGUCGUAUGUAGAUAUUGAACAUGUUUGGGAGGUCCCGCUCCGAUAUCUCAAACCAUAUCGGUUCCGAGGUGUCUGGAGCAAGAGCUAUUCUUUUCGAAUUUCUAAAGAUAGCUAUCAUGUUAUCGCAGCUAGAACCGGACAGCUUGUUCAACCAUAUACCCCCAUAGACGUCGUAAAGGCUAGGACCUUUGUGAGUACAUUGGAAGAGUGGUAUGGAUUUCGGCCUCCUGUGCGCGCUUUAUGGUUACAGAAACCAGCCCUAGGAAGAGGACUCGACAGUGGUCAUGCUCUCGACGUUAAAAGACUACAGAUUACGGCCGGUAAACAUACAACGCGAUUCUCGGAGAAGAUGAAGAACGUAAACAAGGCUGGACAUGGAGAGGUCCACACUACGGAAGCUGGAGGAGUGACCGGAUCGGAGCGACACUCCGCAAUUCCAUUCGAGUCGAAUAUCAGAUCUCUUCAGACUGAUAGGAAGUUACAAAGCUCGACAGCAACGACACCACGGUCAAGUGGUAUCCUCAACCCUCGAGCAGCCACGUUCAGCCCUCGCUCCAUGUCAACUCUCAAACAGACUUCUCCGAUUUCCCCUCUUACCAUACCACCACCGGCCUUCUUCCCAACCCACGAACCAAAUUCACGAGCCCCAGAAACGUGGGAGAUGCCUCUUCCUAAUCACCAGACAGCCUACGUCCUGCAAGAACCCAUAAUUCCGAUGUCUCCCUUUUUCAACUCCCUCGGUAUUGGCCGAGACCGAGAAUUCAUCUACAAGCCAGGGGAACCACCUAUUAGGAUUCGAUUUCCGAAGGAGAUAAAACUUGAAAUUAUGUCUUCCAAGCUAGACAUGAUGCUCGUGGAUGAGGAUGAGGAGUUCCUCGAGGACGCCCAAUGCCCUAGGGACUUCUUGGCAGAUUGGUAA